GUUGCAAAUAGUUCCUCAGAGUAAGUAAUCCAUGAAUGGUUCUACUAUGCAGUGCACGUAUUGUAAUAACAUUUUAAAUUGUUAUAAUUAUUCAUUUUAUUGAAGUGAAAUAAAGACAUAUAUUUGUCUUGUAUUUUGGUUAUGGGGUCGGAAAUGUGUAUGAAACACUUGGUUAAAUUAAUUGAGCUUCUUGCUAAAUUUGAACGUGAGCCUAAAGAGAUCAAAGGAAUCCGUGUCACCAACUGGUUCCGAAGAGGAGAGGAUAUAUUUGAAGAACUCUUCAACCUUGGUCAUAGUGUGUCCUGGAAAUACGCAGCACUUAGAACAAAUAGCAAAGCUACGGAAGUAAUUGAGAAAAUCACAAACAACAAAGGCUGGCUAGAAAGUUUUAUCACACUCUAUCCUAAUUCUCGCAUCAAUUUGGAUUUAGUCGGUUGUGCUGACGAUAUUUGCAAAGUCCGAUCCGGAAUCGAUGUUCUGAUGAAAGGGUUUUCUAAUAUAAACAGUGAUUUUGACAAAGUAUUAAAAGAUCUUGAAGAGUUGGGUGAAGUUGAUGAAUUUGAUAAGUGUCUUAAGUUGUGGAUUGAGACGGGACACCGUCCCGACUUUAAAGAAAAGCCUUCAGGUUUGUUAAAGGCCCACUGGUGGUGGUUUUAGAGAAUUUGUGUAGCAAGAAAGAUCUUUAAUUGAAAAGUAAAAAUGGAUGUCGACGAAGAUAAAUGGAUUAGUGUAGCUAUUGACAAUGUGGAUAAAUAUUUACACAGAGGUGGCGAAGGAAAGGGCGAUGAACCGCAACUCAUUGGAGGAACAGAGCUGUUGAAUACGAUCGGCAUGGCUAUGGGGCUGCCGAUCCGCGAUCCAACCACCUGGUCGGAACGGGAAAUGGAGCGAGCCCUCCGCGGUGACUUAGUUUUCUUCGAGGGUAAAUCAUUGGAAGCUAUAAACGCGAUAGCUGAAACAAUUCAACGUUGUUGUAGUGGAGAUGAAACAAAUUAUGUGACAGUAAUACCUGUUGAAUUGUACUAUGAAAAAAAACUAUACGAACUACCGAUAUUUAGAGUGCAUAGACAUACGAAUUCCCAAAAAUACUACGUAGAUAAUGCAGGAAGGUAUUACAAGAGUUUUGAUGACUGGUACGACAAUAGUAAAUUACCUCCAUGCAAAAUGCUUUUUCCCAAUCGACUUCGUCUAGAAUAUAGACCUAAUUAUAACUAUUCCCAUUGCUUUGUUAGAGAUACACCCUCAGCAAGGUUGGGAUCAAAGGCAGCAAGGACCGUUGAUACCGUCAGUGCAGUUGCAGGUAUAUCAUCAGGGGUGGGUUUACUAUUUGCUAGUGGUGGUCUCGCGACUCCCUUGGUGGUAGUGGGUGUUGCAAGCGCACUAUGGGGCACCGGAAGAGCUUCGAAUCAAUUAAUAGAUAAAGCGACGCAUGGUGAAUCUAUUAAUCCAUUUACGGACUCGGAAUCUCGAAUGCUGUGGCUAGGUGUUGCUGCUAACAUUGCAAGCUUCGGUGCUAUGGGUGCGACUAUGAGAUUAACAUCAUUGGCGGCACGUGGUCGAGAAAUAUCAAGCGCAUUGAAAAUAUUAACAAACGUAGCUAAUGGGACAAAUCUCACUAUCAGCACAAUAGCCAUUAUUAACAAUACGGUAUACUUGGCCGUCAAUUAUGACAAAUUAUCACCAGUAGACGUUCUGUUUCAUGUAGCGUCGAUAGCGUUCUGGACUAAAGGUGUCUACUCCUAUAAGACAGCCAACACAAUAAUUGCAGAAGCUCACAACCAAGCUUUUGAUCAGAUAAGCAAAGAGUUAUCACCUGAACAACAAAACGAAUUAAAGGAGAUAAGAAAUAGAGUUCAGAAUGACGGAAAUCUUUUACGGCAAUUCAUAUCAGCAUCGCAAAAGAACAUAUCUAUACAAGAAUAUUCCCAAUUUUUGAUCGAUGGCUUGCAAUAUUACGAUACUUUGGCUAACAUGAGCCCAGAGCAAAUUGAGGCUUUUGCGAGUUUACGCAAUUUUAUUCGAGACGACUUAAGACUUCUUUCCGGGCUUAGAAAAGUGUCAACAGCAACAAACUUAAAUAAGCAAGACACACUAGAACUGGUGCUGAGGAUGUGGCAAUCGAAUACUGAAUUAAAUUUUUCCGGAACCGGAAGUGAUAUCAGGUUAAGCGGUGGUAACUUAGUGUUGGGAAGUGCUCCACCAAUCCGAAUAACGCAAAUGCCAGAAUUAUCAGCUUCAUUGAUACGAUUUUUUGGUGAACAUUUAAGUAAAAUAGAUACUAGCACGACACACCAGUGGUCUGUGCCCGAGCUACUAACGCUUCAGAGCCGCGGGCUAUUCACUCUAUGUUCUGUAACUGGAAUCCACAAAGGUGGCCACUCCAUUGUCACCCUGAACAGUCAAUUGCAGGUCAGCGUAAAGACGUUAUUGACUUAUCCAUCUGCUGCAUGUGAGUCAAUGAUUAAACUUGUUGGUAAUCUUAAGCCUGAGCACUGUACCACAACCAGCAAGUUACCCGCUGAAGUAGUCAAACUCUGCGUGUCCGAAUAUCGGCUACGCUUCGAAAUCCACAGAAAGGAAAGUAUUGAAUUUGUGACAAAAAUUGUAAAUGGGUACAACAAGCUGAGCGAUAUUGCAAAGUCACAGCUACUUCCGCACGAAAAAGACAGAUUGUAUACAUUCAAAACGGCUGUAAAGACGCACCAAGCGGAUGCGUAUAUGGGAAACAUGGUGAAAUUUGUUGCUGAGAUGCAGCCUAAAAAUGUCAGCGAAUUGGUCGCGUACUGUGAAUUCGUCAUGACAUACAUCGAUGAUGCCAUGGCUAACAUUGAGAAUGAUCUGCGAACUGGCGCGAAACAGCUCCCUCGUAAUGCAAAGAAAAGUGUCUGGAAAAGACAACAAGCGAGCGAGGAAGCCUUUCGUGAUCCAACAGCGAUGAAACAAAAACUGAACGAAUUAUUUUCAAUCGUCGAAAAUAACGACAUGGUAGGUGUGACGGCGCUAGAGAAAGGACUACCAAAUGACAAGUUGAUAGAAGCUAUACGAUCCAAUAAGAUAAAAUUCGGUGGAAAGGUUUCCGCCGCUUACCAUAUUUUUAAGCAUGCCACUGACCCACCGUCUGCGUAUGUGGAUCAAGCGAAUAGUACCAUGAGGUCGUCUUCUAGCCGAUACAAUAUAACGCUAGGGCAAGAGGGCGAUACGAGACUUAUUUCGUUCACGGAUGACUUUGGUAGUUGCUUCGUCCUUGAGAAAGACGGUCGCGUGUUGCUGUGCUCUUUUCGGGCACAUGGUCGAAAGUAGAUGUUUAACAAUCUGAUGCUAUAAUUUUAUAAUCCUGUUUUUCUUUCAAACGUACAGUAGCGAUUUAAAAUGUUUCUUACUAACCGUAGGAUUAAGGCUUGUGAAACACACUUCACACUAAUAUCAUUAAUGUUUGUUUGGAUUUUUGCCCUUCAAUCACGCUGAAACUACUGAAGGGAUUUUGAUGAAAUUUCGUAUACAGAAAGGGUGCGAGCUUACUUGGGUGAUAGGAUAGUUUUUAUUCCGACUAAAUGCUCCCUUUGGAUAAAACAGGAAUCUUGAUAUCGGAGCGUCUAGUACUAGAUAAAUACAAUUAAUUUUAAUGCAAAGAUAUACAAAGGGUAAUAAACAACGAUUUAAUUCGUAACUGUAAUUUAAGUUGGGCUAAAUCUGUUAAGAACAACGGCUGUUUACCUCUUUUCUUGGAGUCAUGCGCAAAUUACAUGACAUUUUAAAGCUAGGGCAUCACUAUAUUCUGUGGCAUCACCAUGGUAUCACCGAAGUGUGACAAAAGAAAUUCCAAAAAAAAGGUUACCGUUUUAAUUAUUAUAAAUAAAUAAAUAAAAACAAAUACCAAUUCGUGUGUCAUAAUUUAUAGACAGCCCCUAAUUCUCAAAAAUCUAAGCAAACAGACACACCAUUCAUUGUGAUUUAAGAUACAUGCAUAAUAUAUUCGUAGUGUUUAGUAAAGUAUGCAUUAUAUAAAAAAGUUUAAUAAAUUUUACGGAU